AUGAAUAAUAACAAUAAUAUAGACUCAGAUAUACCGAAAUUGGCAGAUAUAAACAAGAAAAGCACAAAAAAUAUAUCUCUUUCUACUCAGGGGUCACCUGAGUGCUACAGUCAUGGCAGCUCUAAUCACACUACACAUAAUACAGAGGGCCAUCACCAGCACCACCAUCACCACCAUACUCAUGAGGUACCGAUUGACUCUGGAAAUAAUUUGUCAAAAACUGACAUUGAAAAUGGAGGAACUUUAAAAGUACUGUCAAAUACAAGUGUUGAUGCUGGAACUACUAUGAAGUCUCCAGUGCAAAUAGCUAUCCCAAGCAAUGUUUUAAGACAUUUUAAAAACCAAAAUAAAGAUAUAUCAACCCUAUCGUUAUCAUCGAUACCAAAUGAAAAAAAUUAUGAGUUUAAUGCUAGAAUUAAUGCUGAGGAUGGUGAUUCUGAGGUAAGCAUAGCUCGAUUUAGUUGGGAGGGAGUCACUACAGAUGAUGAUAUGAAUGAUGAUGAGUUACUGUUACAAGAUGAUGAUACUAUUCAAGAAAAAGAACAAUUCAAAACACAGCCACAACCAAUACUUUCAUCGUUAUCUAGAUCGGAGGAUAGACCAGGGUACCCUAAUGGUUUGAAAUUAUCACCUUCUUCAUACGUCGUUUCUGAUACAGAAAGAUCAAACAAAAAUACAUCGACGAGAAUUAAUUCUGGCUUAGGAAAAAAAAAUAAAAUCGUACAACAGAAAUUAGUCUAUUCAGAUAAUGAAGCUUCAAUACCUCCACUCUCUGAAUCUAUUACUAAAGACAAAACAAGAAAUAUCUUAUUGGAUCGAAAACAUCCUUCUUCUCCAUUAUCAUAUACUAGUACUAGGAAACAAGCUUCAUUGCCAUUAACUACUGAUUUAAGGAAUUCCAACAAGAAGUAUUCCACAGUAGAUUUGGAGUCAAAGCCAAUAUCACCAUUAGAUUAUAAAAAAGAACGAAUUUUGCCAUCUACUAAUGUAGCAAAUAUUGAUAUUCCAACUAAAAAUCAUCACCAUCAUCAUCACCAUCAUCAUCAUCAAUUAGUGACCACUGACAAUGAAAUAAGGAAAACUUCUUCUAGCUUAAAUUUCUCAGGUAAUGAUAUAAACAAAAACGUUUCUAUUUCAUCUACAAAAUGUAAUGAAAUUACAAAAAAUCUACUACUUUUGAAAACUUCAGAAAGCAAAAAGCCUCCUUUACUUUCUCGUGAAUUACAUGAAAGGAAAAAAAGUCCUUCACCUCAAUUAUCUGGAAAACCCCCAAUCUCAACCUCAACCUCUCCCGUUACAAAAUCUUUAUCGACUUUUUUAGGUAAUCCCGCUACGUUAUCCAAUAAUUCAAAUAAUCCUUCAACAACUUCAUUUACAACUAUUCUUCCCAAUUCGAAUGUACCGAAUAAUGCCAAGUCUCCAACUAAUACUUCUUCCAUAAACACUUCAAAUUCCAAGAUGAACUCAUCAUCGAAUUCAAGAAAGGAAGUAAAAGAAAUAAUCCUACUAAAGACUGAAACUUUUCUAGUAUACAACACGGGCAAGCAUCUUCAUAAUUAUAAUAGAAUUCCCAUUAUCAGUGAAAAUUCAUUUGAUAUGAAACCUUCCAAAAUCUUAAAACCUUCGUUUUAUAAAGCUUUAAUAGAAGAAAAAAAAUUAGACAAGGCUUAUUCCAUCUUAGAUUAUAAACAUUCUUCUCAUCCAGAUUCCACCAUGGUAACUACCAAUGAUUGCUAUAAAAAAUGUAAAGUAAAUAAAUUAAAAGAAGAAGAACUUUAUCUAUCUUCUAGUUCAAAUAGUACUGAUGAUAGUAAUGAAAAAUUAAUUCCAAAAGUUGUAAAUAAAAACUCCAUUAUUGGGCCUGAUGAAUUUCGAUUAAUUAAUAGAAUAUCAAAUAGAAUUUAUAACAUAUUGGAAGAUGAAAAAGAGAAUAUUCCACAACCUAAAUCAUCAACAGGUACUUUUAGUCAUAUAUAUGGCAAGCCAAUUGCAGUGAUUGGUGAAGGUUCAUAUGGUGUUUUGAAAUUAUGUUCAAGACCAGCUACUGAGAAAGAUGAUUAUGGUAGCUAUAGUAGAACUUAUAAUGAUGGUAAAAAUGUAUACUUUGCUAUAAAAGAAUUUGCAAGACCUAAAUUAUAUAGUAGUAAAAAAUUCAGCACUAAAAUCACAUCUGAAUUUAUUAUUGGUCAUUCUUUAAAUGAAUUUUCUCAAAGAAGUAAAAAAACUUCUUUUUAUCCAAAUAUUUUUAAUUUAUUAGUAACCGACAAGACUUUUAUUGAGGUCAUGGAAUUUUGUGCUGCAGGAGACCUUUUCACUUUAAUGAAUAAUAAAUUGAAAAAUAAUAAAGUGUUUCAUCCCCUAGAAGCAGAUUGUAUCUUUAAACAAAUAUUAUAUGCCAUUAAAUAUAUGCAUGAUCAUUGUGUAGCACAUUGUGAUAUAAAGCCUGAAAAUAUUCUAUUGCAUAAAGAUGGGCUAGUUAAAGUUUGUGAUUUUGGUGUCAGCCAAGUUUUCCAAACUGGAUGGGAAAAGAACCCACAUUAUCAAAAAGGUGCCCGUGGAUCUGAGCCGUACGUAGCACCUGAAGAGUUUAUCAAAGAUCAUAAAUAUGAUCCUAAAUUAUCAGAUUGUUGGAGUUGUGGUAUCAUCUAUUGUAAUCUUUUGAUGAUUGAUGAGCCAUUAUGGAAAGUAGCUAUAGCUUCUAAAGAUCCUAUUUUUAAAGAUUAUUGCCAUCAAAUCGUUCAUACUAAAAAAUUUCAAUUAAUUGAAACUAAGUUUAAACAUAUUAACGCAGAGCAUAAUGAGAAUCAAAAACAAACAAUUUAUGGCAUUUUAAGAUGGGAACCUGAGAAAAGAUUAACAGUUACUCAAGUAUUAGAGACACAUUGGAUGAGACAUACGAUUUGUUGUGUAGACUAUUUACAUCGACGUGAACAUACUAACCAUUAA